CUGAUAACAAUUAGCUGGCCAACUACGGCCUUAAUCGCACCUUUAAACAACACGCAUACACACACGCAAGAUGCCAGACGAAGCCAUAUCCAUUCUGUCCCAAAAGUCAUCAGACUCCGGUCUCCACAUCCAGCUACAUCCGCUCGCGCUUCUCACAAUUUCCGACCAUAUUACCCGGCAUGCUGCACGGUCACAGCAAGGACCCAUUGUUGGGGGCCUGCUAGGCCAACAUAAUGGGCGUGAGAUAACAGUCGAACAUGGCUUUGAGUGUGUGGUGGAAAUAGGUCCAAACGGCGAAGCUCAGCUGCCCAAUGAGUGGUUCGUUGACCGAGUGAAACAAUUCAAGGAUGUACACAAGGUACCAGCUCUAGACCUUAUCGGAUGGUGGUCGACAGCUCCUCCCUCCGGGCCGACAACAGCACAUCUGCCGAUUCAUCGCCAGAUUCUCCAAAAUCACAACGAGUCCGCAGUAUUUCUCACGUUCCAUCCAUCCCAAGUCCAGGGAGCGUCACAAUCUCAAGGGAAGCUGCCGCUGACCAUCUACGAGAGCGUCUACGAGGGAGAGAGUGUCACGGAGAAUGGGAAAGCCAUGCAGGUGGACGGCGAGGAACAGCUGUUGAAUAUCCGGUUCAGGGAACUACCAUACACUAUUGAGACUGGAGAGGCGGAGAUGAUUGGAAUCGAUACAGUGGCUCGUACGGCAAGAAAUGCAGCUGCUACUGAAACCUCAACUGUAGCUGCACCUUCUUCUCAAAUAGACUCUGAUAAGCAGGAGCAGCAGCCAGCAAACACCGACCUUCUCUCACCAGAAGAAGAAGAACUGAUCGCCUCUCUCAACACACGCCUGAACGCCAUCCGGACCCUGGAGUCCCGAAUAUCCCUCAUCAAGUCCUAUUUGUCAAGCAUAUCUCCGUCCUCGGAAGAAGGUCAGAAAGAUUCCGCAACAAAACCGGACCACACCAUCCUCAGAGAUAUUAACUCUCUUUUGUCAAAUCUCUCUCUCCUCACUCCACAUGAACAAAGCGCUUUCUCAGCGGAGACUCUUGCACAAAACAACGAUGUUAGCCUUGUAGCCUUGCUCGGCCAACUCAGCCAAAGUGUCAAUGGGAUGAGGGAGGUUGGCAAGCGCACGGCGAUUGUGAAUAGUGUAAGGCGGAACCGAAAGCAAUUGGGGGCCCAGAGCCGAUACGAGGAUGAUAUUCUGGGCCGGGAUGGCGUGGCACUCGGAUAAUGACUUAGCUUAUUAAGACCAACCACAAGAAUAUAUGGUGAUUUCGAGGGUAAUUCUAUGCGA